GGCGCCAAUAGCACAUUUGAAUGCACUGUGAUCAUGUGGUGAUAUUUCGGGUUAGAAUUGAACCUAACCUCUUUCAAGCCUCUCAAGCACACAAUAAUUCAAUAGGAGAGUUGAAGGCACGCCGUGACGAAAAUCACGGCAAGUUUCCCCCACCCGGAGGAUAACCAAAAAAGAAAAAUCUCAAGCACACACUUUUUUUUAAGUGCAAGAGCCCAUGUGCUAUAUAACUCAAUAGGAGAGUUGAAGGCACGCCGUGACGAAAUAUCACAGCAACUUUCCUUCAACCGGAGGAUAACGUCGAAAAAAAAAAAUCUUAAGCACACAAGUAUUUCAAUCGAGAUAUCCUAAGUAAAUUAACAUUGUUGCAAUAUUAAAUACAUUAAUUACGUUCCUUUGCGAAAUGGGGCGUAUUCAGUAUAAAGGAGCACUAAAGAAGAAAGGUAAAAUCAACAAGACUAGACCAGCGGAAAAAACACGUAAACAAUUGCGUAAAGAAAAGAGACAGCAGAAAAAGAUAAAUAGAGCAGAAUAUCAUCAAAAGAAAAAUUCCAAAAAUCAGUCAGAGAAAACAGUCAAAAAAUCAGAUGGACUAUCAAAGACUGAUAGCAAUAAAUUAACUAGAAAAGAAAGAAAAAACGAUGAACAGGUGUUAUUAACAAAGACGGAGAAAGGACAAAAGCCUGAAAAUACGAAGGAAAAAAGAGACGAAAAGAGUGCAAAGAAGCAAAGAAAAAAGAAUUUGAAACAAGCCAAUAUAGAGGAAGAUAAAAUGAUUAAACAGUUAGAAAAAAGAUUGAAGUUAAACAAACGAAAGAGCAAAUCCAUUCCAAAAUCUUUUGUAUCAGAUGGUUUAGAUUAUAUUUUGGAUUUCUGUGAUUCAGAGAAUAGAAAUCACAUAGUUGAGACUGAGAAACAGUUGUUAGAAAAUGGAAUGAGCACAGAUUUUGAAGAAGACUUAAAUAUGGCUAUUGGUGAGGAUGAUACUGAUGAGGAACAUGAAAAGCAUGACAAUGAAGAUAGCGUAGAUGAUAAUGAAGAGUCUGAGCAAGAUAUGGAAAACGAAAGUCUUUUAUCAGAUGAAAAUUCAGAUCAGGAGGAUAAUGAAGAUAUUUCUUUAGAAGAGUCAAAUGAGAUAAACGUUGAAUCUAAAAAUGAUUCAACAGAUGAAGGAGAUGAGUUAGAAAAUGAAGGCUCAGGACAUGGUGAGAGAGAUGCUUCAGAGCAGCCAGAUGAUGGUGAAGACGUAUGGGAGGACAUUUAUGGUAGGCAGAGAGACAAAAAGGGUAAUAUUGUAUCAAAGAAAUAUAUCCCACCUGCUGUAAGAAAUGCGAGUGCAGACAUCUCUGUCGACAAUGAAAAAGCUCGUAGAUUAGAAAGACAAUUAAAAGGUAUCUUAAACAGAUUAGCAGAGCAAAACAUGCAUACUAUUGCAAACCAGGUAGAAGAAAUGUAUAUGUCAAACAGUCGUAACGAUAUGAAUGUAAUGUUAUCCAAACUAAUGAUGGAAAGUAUAAUUGCACCAGUAUUAACACCAGAUCGACUUAUCUGUGAACAUAUGAUGUUGGUUGCUAUAUUACAUGCAAAUGUUGGUACAGAAGUUGGUGCACAUUUUUUGCUGACUAUUGUGAAAAAGCUUCACCAAAUGUUGGAUACAUCUCAUUGUGUUGAAAAUAAGGAAUUAGAUAAUUUAAUUCUCAUGAUUUCACAUCUCUACAAUUUCAAGGCUUAUGGUCAUCGUCUUUUAUAUCAAAUAUUAGAGAAACUGGCAGCAACAUUUACAGAGAAAGAAAUUGAACUGAUUUUAUUGAUUUUGAAAACAGUGGGCUUUCAGUUAAGAAAAGAUGAUCCAAUUGCAUUAAAAGAACUAAUAUUAAAGUUGCAACAAAAGGCGAAUGACACUACUCUGGAAAAUUCGAGAGUUAAGUUUAUGCUGGACGUGUUAUUGGCGAUAAAAAAUAAUAAUAUGAGCAAAAUACCUCAAUAUGAUCCAUCACGGAUAGAACAUUUGAAGAAAAUUCUGAAGAACUUUAUCCAUAAAGGCAACAGUGUUACGCAAUUUAAUGUGUCUCUAAAAGAUUUAUUAGAGGCCGAUGAAAGAGGUAAAUGGUGGAUAAUAGGAUCAGCCUGGUCUGGUGUCAAGGAUAAUGAUAACUUGGAAAAGACUUCAGAAGACAAAAAACAAAAGUAUAGUGAGGAAAUAUUGGAGUUGGCGCGGAAACAAAGAAUGAACACCGAUGUCAGAAGAGAUAUCUUUUGCGUGCUUAUGACAGCUGAAGAUUAUUUAGAUGCAUUUGAAAAAAUUCAUCAUCUUGGUUUGAAAAAUCAACAGCAAAGGGAAAUAAUUUAUGUUAUCUUCAAUUGUUGCGUUCAAGAGAAAAAGUUCAAUCCUUAUUAUGCCGUAUUGGCACAAAAAUUGUGCGACUCUGACAGAAAGUAUCAGUUAACCAUACAGUUUGCACUAUGGGAUAAAUUGAAGACAUUGAACGAUUUGAACACAAAACAGCUAACAAAUUUAGCAAAAUUUUUGAACCAUUUAUUUUUAAACAAAGGGCUUCCUCUUUCCGUCUUAAAGGUAGUACAAUUUACUGAAUUGGACAACUUAACAAUGAGACUCAUACGACAAAUCAUGCUAGGAAUAUUGUUACACGAGAAUGAGGAGGCCUGUUUAGAAGUAUUUGGAAGAAUAUCUUUAUCCCCCAAGUUACAAACUUUCAGGGAAAGUCUUAGAUUAUUUAUAAGUCAUUUUCUCUUGAAAAACGUCAGUGCUGCUGAAAAUCUGCAGGAGCAAAGUGAAUUAUUGAAAAAACGAGCGGAAUGGGUGGAUAAAAUGUUAAGUACUCGGGAGUCGAAAUUAAUAUUUUAAAGGUCUAAACAGUUCAAGUGUGUGUUCUCAAGAAGAAAAACCGUUUCAUCGGAUAAAUACUUUAGGACUAUCGCGUAUAUUUCUGCAAUAAACUUUUAUUUAAUCAGGAAGGAAUGUAAAAAGGGUGCAACUUCAAAUCGUAACAUUCGAAUAGAUAUCCAAAGCAUUCUAUGCAAAAAAGAAAGUA